UUCACUUCCUGUUUGAAUCCAUUAAAGAGAGGAACAAUAUGCUCCUGAAACUGAGUUAUUUCUGACAGUUUUUUGAAUGUAUUGUGACAGUAUGGUCGCCCUGCCCCGUCUUCUAUUUGGGCUUCUGCUGUUUAGGGGGCUGCGGAUUUACGCUGUGCCGCUUGCACCAGUAAAUAGUGAGCACCUGUCAGGCAUAGGGCGUUUCUGGCAUGUCUCUGACCUGCAUUUAGACCCCACCUACCAUGUGACGGCUGACCCCACUAAAGUGUGUUCCUCUUCUAAGGGCUUCCCGGCCUCAAACCCUGGUAUUUUUGGAGACUUCAUGUGUGACUCUCCCUACCAGACAAUCCUGUCAGCCUUCCAGCACAUGAAAACGGUCACCCCACAGCCAGAAUUCAUGAUUUGGACAGGAGACAGUCCUCCACAUGUUCCAAUAGGGGAGCUUUCCACAGACCUGGUGAUCCAAGUUAUGAGGAACAUGACUCAAACCAUCAGGCAGCACUUCCCGGACAUGCCGGUCUACCCCGCCCUCGGGAAUCAUGAUUACUGGCCACAGGAUCAACUUCCAACCUCAACUAAUGAGAUUUACCAGUCUGCAGCCAAACUUUGGGCGCUUUGGUUAAAACCUGAAGCCCUUGAAACUUUGAGAGAAGGUGGCUUUUACUCUCAGUUGGUGCAGCCUAAGCUGCGACUGGUAAGCCUGAACACCGUCCUAUACUACAGCCCCAAUAAAGUGACAGUGAAUAUGAGUGACCCAGCAGGACAGUUCCAGUGGCUGCGGGACACCCUAGAGACAUCUGCUCAGAGCAUGGAGAAGGUCAUUGUCAUUGCUCAUGUUCCAGUGGGUUAUCUGCCUUAUGCUAGGAACACCACUGCCAUUAGAGAGGUCUACAAUGAGAGACUUGUUAAGAUCUUUCGUGACUACAGUGACAUCAUCUCCGGUCAUUACUAUGGCCACACUCACCGAGACAGCAUUAUGAUCCUGAAGGAUGUGCUAGGGAAGCCGGUAACUUCCAUGUUUGUGUCACCGGCUGUUACUCCAAUCAAGAGUGUGACACAGCAGUACUCUAAUAACCCUGCCUUCCGCAUGUACCACUUUGACACACAGGACUACAGGAUGCUGGAUAUUUGGCAGUAUUACUUGAAUCUCACCGAAGCCAACCAAGAGAAAAGAGCUGACUGGCAACUUGAAUAUGUAAUGACUGAAGCGUUUGGAUUAGAAGAUAUUCAACCAUGCAGCCUGUUUAAACUUGCCCAAAGUUUUGAAAUGGAGCAAAGCAAAGCAUUUCAGAAGUAUUUUCAACAUUAUAUGGUUAGCUAUGAUGAUCAUGUUGUUUGUGAUGAGGCUUGCAAGUUGACUCAGGUGUGUUCCCUGUUGUCUUUGGACAGCGUCUCCUAUACUAAAUGCAUUGAAGUACCCUAAAACAGGGAUUCUUUUUUUGUAUGUAGUGCAGAAUGGAGAUUUUGUUUUCAAUUUAAUGAUUACAAUUGAAGUAAUUCUGGUUGAGGUAUGGAUACUAUGCUGAUUCAGUAUUAAUGGUUAUGUAAUUGCAGACAUCCUGGUAUUUGAUCACAUUUUUGUGCAGGUCUUGAUCUUAAUGUGAUGUUGUAAUCAAACUAAUGGUUAACUGAGUGCAUUAUGGUUAAUUCUUUGACUGGCAGUUGGUUAGAAGGUAGCCUUGUGGUUACUGUUGGACCAGUAACUGAGCGGUUACUAAUCCACUCAGGAUACAUGUCUGCUAAAUUUGCCUGCCUAGCCAGACUUCCUGCUUUGUCCAACAAGUCUGGAUCCAAGUGUCUCAAACAACUUUUAGAUCUUUUAAAACAAUCCAAAUGUUGAUGUCACAAAACCAAUGGUUUGCACCAAUGAUGGGUUGGGUGGCAACAUAGAUUUAUUUUUGUUUUGAUUGCUUAGUGAUGCAGAUGCCUCAGUGAAAUGCCUUUUCUGUAUUCCAAUACACAAUUAUUAAAAGAUGGUAUAACAAUUUGUG